CUUGGCAGCUCUUCCUGGCAGUAGGCGGCCAUCUUGCUGGAGCCUGAGAGAGGGAGCCGAGAGAAGGAAAGGGCGACACUGGUCUCAGGGCCGCCCCGGGGGCCUCAAGAGCCGGAGGCAGCCCCGGAGGUGGUCUCUGAUCCCCGGCUCUGCUCUUGAACCUGAGAAGGGAAGGCGGAGGGCGGCGGGGGAUGGGGAAUGCCAAGAAGGAUUGCUAGACGGGAGGAGGGGCGUCGCUAUGGUGACCGGGGAGGGGCGGGAUCAGAUCUGAAUCGCUGUUGUGAGUCUUCCGGGAACUGCCCGGGAAGGGCAAAGCAGGGCAGGGCUGGGGUGAUGACCAUGCUAGCUGCCGGGUGGUAUUUCGCGACGUCCCGGCGUCGAGGGACUUGGUGUCUACGGCAAAGAUCGUCUGACAGAAGGGGCGGAAUUAAAUCCCUUCACUUGAAACUUUGACAUUCCAGGCCCUUGUCCUGCAGGCUCCCGCGGGCGGACACGCCAGAAGAGGAGGCCGGGGAAUGGCCGCGGUGUGGCAGCAGGUCUUAGCAGUAGACGCGAGCCUUCUCUUACCAUCAUCACUUCCCCAAUCUGACCCCAUCGCCAUCCCAUCCUGACUUCCACCAUUGCCUACACUGACCCCCCCCAUCACCAUGUCACCCUGACGCCUGCUAUUGUCUACACUGACUCAGUCACCCCAUACCAACUCCAGCAAAGCUGCAGACGGCCUCCAUUGUCAGCACAGUGACCUCAUCACCAUGCCUUUUAUUACUGUAGAUCCACUCUCAUCACAGCACCAGAGGGACCCCCAUCACCACUGCUGAUCACUUGUCCUCCUGACCCCUCGCUGCCACACACCUCACUCUCUUUCCCUGUCCCCUGGGCUGAUUGAUUCCCUCUAUCCUGUGCCUGCUGCCCGUCCUGCGUCCUGCCAUCAUAGGUACAACGCGUACCGCACACCAACGUUUCCACAGUUUCGGACACAGUACAUCCGACGGCGCAGCCAGCUGCUGCGGGAGAAUGCCAAGGCUGGGCACCCCCCAGCGCUGCGUCGGCAGUACCUGAGGCUGCGUGGGCAGCUGCUGGGCCAGCGAUACGGGCCCCUCUCCGAGCCAGGCAGUGCCCGUGCCUACAGCAACAGCAUCGUUCGCAGCAGCCGAACUACCCUAGACCGCAUGGAGGAUUUUGAGGAUGAUCCUCGGGCCCUAGGGGCCCGUGGGCACCGCCGUUCCGUCAGCCGAGGCUCCUACCAGCUGCAGGCACAGAUGAACCGUGCCGUCUAUGAGGACAGGCCCCCUGGCAGUGUGGUACCCACAUCAGCAGCAGAAGCAAGUCGUGCCAUGGCUGGGGAUACAUCGCUGAGUGAGAACUACGCCUUUGCGGGCAUGUACCAUGUUUUCGACCAACACGUGGAUGAGGCAGUUCCAAGAGUGCGCUUUGCCAACGACGACCGGCACCGCCUGGCCUGCUGCUCCCUGGACGGCAGCAUCUCCCUGUGCCAGCUGGUGCCCGCCCCGCCCACAGUGCUCCGCGUGCUGCGGGGCCACACCCGCGGUGUCUCUGACUUCGCCUGGUCCCUCUCCAACGACAUCCUCGUGUCCACCUCGCUCGACGCUACCAUGCGCAUCUGGGCCUCUGAGGACGGCCGCUGCAUCCGGGAGAUUCCUGACCCCGACGGCGCCGAACUGCUCUGCUGCACCUUCCAGCCGGUCAACAACAACCUCACAGUGGUGGGGAAUGCCAAACACAACGUACACGUCAUGAACAUCUCCACGGGCAAGAAAGUGAAGGGGGGCUCCAGCAAGCUGACAGGCCGGGUCCUCGCUCUGUCCUUCGAUGCCCCUGGCCGGCUGCUCUGGGCAGGCGAUGACCGUGGCAGUGUUUUCUCUUUCCUCUUCGACAUGGCCACAGGGAAGCUGACCAAAGCCAAGCGUCUGGUGGUGCAUGAGGGGAGCCCCGUGACCAGCAUCUCCGCGCGCUCUUGGGUCAGCCGCGAGGCCCGGGACCCCUCGCUGCUCAUCAACGCUUGCCUCAACAAGCUGCUGCUCUACAGGGUGGUGGACAACGAGGGGACGCUGCAGCUGAAGAGAAGCUUCCCCAUUGAGCAGAGCUCACACCCUGUGCGCAGCAUCUUCUGCCCCCUCAUGUCCUUCCGCCAGGGGGCCUGUGUGGUGACCGGCAGCGAGGACAUGUGUGUGCACUUCUUCGAUGUGGAGCGGGCCGCCAAGGCUGCCGUCAACAAGCUUCAGGGCCACAGCGCCCCCGUGCUGGACGUGAGCUUCAACUGUGACGAGAGUCUGCUGGCUUCCAGCGACGCCAGCGGCAUGGUCAUCGUCUGGAGGCGGGAGCAGAAGGGAAGACAGACACCUUAUUGCAAGGACGUAUCAAGAAGCCGUUUGGAGGGGCCCAUGGUAAGGAACUGAGGAUACCCACCAACAGUCAAGGGAAUAAACUUGAAAGCAAACGAGCCUUUCAGUGAGACCCCGAGCCACCGUUCUGGCUGAAACCUCUCGAGAGAGCUGGAGGGGGAA